AUGCUGGUCAUCCGCGUCCUCUUGUUGCAGGUCGCGCUGGCGACGGCACAGCUGUUGGAUUUGAAUCUGGGAGUUGGAGGGGCCGACGCCGCGAGCACUCCGGCUGCCGACGACGCGGGUACAUCCGAGACAACCGCGCCGGAAACACCGGGCGGGUUACUCGACCCUUUGCUCGAUCCGAUUAUUGGGCCUACAGGGCUUCUAGGCGGUGAGGAUGGGGUGCCACCACCUCCUGCUUCGGGAGAAACCCAAGCGCCGCCGGCUACUGCCUCUCCGGGGCCGGUUCCGGACCCACUAGUACUGAUCUCGGCGGAGCCGGCGGUGGAGACAACCGUGCCGGAGGUGCAAAUCCCUGACCCAACCCCUGUCACUGAACCAGCUCCGCCCCCGCCGGCCACGGCAGCCCCAAGUCCGGAGCAACCGCCCCCGGUGGUGCAGCCACCACCCCCGCCGCCUCCACCGCCACCUCCGCCAGUGGUUACAGCACCGAUCCCGAACGAGCCACCACUAGCCACUCCCCCGGUGGUAGAAGUACCGGCUCCCGAACAACCAUCACCUGUCGAGCAGCCCGCACCACCUCCGCCUCCCCCGGUAGUAGUAGCUACGGAACCUCCAAUCGCAGAAGCAUCCCUCGCACCGCCGCCACUCGCAGACGGAGGGUCCAUAACCGCCCCUCCCCCGGUGGUGUCGGUGUCAGUGGCCUCCAGCCCCUUACCGGAGCAAGCGCAAGACCAAGCAACCGCUUCCCCAUCCCCAAUCAUUAGCCUCACCACAGUAGGCGGCUCCAUCGUUAUGUCAGUCUUUGUCCCGCCGGCCCCAACCGCCGCCAACGCGGCCAUCCAGGCGGGUGGGACCGCAAUCCCCAAUGCCAACCCCGUCGCCGUCCAAAACCCCAACCCGGCCUUGGGCGGCAGCGAAAACACUAGCCCCUUCACUCAGCCGGUCUCCUCAGGCGACGAUGACACCUCCAUUACGGACCCCUCUGAUAACCUAGAUACAAGUAGUAACCCCGGCAGCAGCGCGACUCCAGCCGCUGUGGCAAGCGAUGCUGACCAGGACCUCCCGAUGGGCACAAAGAUUGGAAUCGGAGUGGGCGUCGGGGCCGGGUCAAUUGCGGUGCUGGCGUGCAUUACCUGGCUGCUGUGGCGAAGGCGGAUGCGGGGGCGGCAACCCUGGCGUUCUUCCCGCUUAGCCGACGCGGAGGAGCCCCCACCGGCCAUGUCGGCGGUCGGGGGCUUGCAGGAGCGGCAAAAGAUGGAGUUUGAGAGCGAGCACGACGUCGAGUUUGACCUGGGCGGCGUGCUGCGCGGGGCGAGUUUGCGGUCUCGCGAAGCGGCCGCGGCGCGGAAAAGGGGGAGUGGUGGGUCUGGAUCUUCUGGGAGUGGGAGUGUUACAGUGGCUGGGUCGGAGGGGGGUCAUUGGAAUGGGAAUGGGGAGGGGGAUGGGAGCUGGAAGGGGAAAGCGGGUGGCGGUUACUACGGGUUUGAGAAAGGGGCUGUUGUUGACCGUGACUCGGAUGGGACCAGGGGCAGGAAGGAGGUUGAGGGCAGCAACCCUAUGCCGGCUGAGUUGGCGGGUGAUGAUCGCCUGCCUGCUUUUGCGAGUCCUAGUCAAACUCCGGGACUGGCGAUGUAA